AUAUACCUGUGCAAUGCAAGCUCUCAUCUUUCUGUACAUCGUUUUGAAUCAUUUCAAAAAGAUCAUCUCUCUCUCUCUCUCGCAUUGGUCUUAGCUUUCCAAAUUCCUUUCCGUUUUCAGUGUUUUCUUUCAUACCCAAUUACCAGAAAAAUCAUAUCUUCUUUCAUACCCUAAUUAAUUUGAGACCGAAUCAAGCCAUGAACCUGGCUGUGAGAUCAUAGAACACCCUUCUCAAAACCCAUUUCAUGAAUUCAACUAUACUUGCACAUUUCUGUAUCUAACACUGUCUGCUUGUGUUUUUGCCCAGAUCACAGAGGUAUAACACUAAUUGUCAAGGACGUAAGCAGCAGAAAGUGAAAAUGCCAAGGUCUAAUCGGAUGAUGGAGGAUCUGAUCAACGGAUCUUGCAAGAUCCGGAAAAGGGUUUGCUCACCAUCAUCUUCUACAUCGUCUAGACUCCAAAACUACAGAUUCAAACGGGCCAUUUUGGUGGGUAAGGGCCGAGGUGGAGGGUCACGAUCCAGCACACCAGUACCCUCAUGGAAAACUACGCCGAUGAGGUCCAUGGCAGAGUCUCCCAAGUACGCUGCUUCCCAGAGCGGAGGGAAGUCGAGGCCUGUGUCAGCGAGGAAGCUGGCGGCGACGUUGUGGGAAAUGAAUGAGGUUCCAUCGCCAAGUGUGAGGAGAGAGAGUUUGGAGGAGGAAAAGAAGUUGUUGAGGAGAGAGAUGAAGGCUAGAGAGAGAAUGAGGUCGGUGAAUUCCGGUUCACUCCCUCGCCAUUUGUCUGAUCCGUCUCAUAGUCCUGUUUCUCAGAGAAUGGAUCGGUCUGAAACAGGUAGUCGCCACAGGAGGACAUCCUCAAUUUCUCAGAAGCUUAGGCUUGCAGACCACAAUGUUAGAGUUUUGGAUUCUCUUAGUAGUACCAGUUUAAUGGAGAUUGAGACUAGAUCUCGAGCCCAGACUCCUAGUGGAUCCAUGGUGGGUGGUAGAAACCGUCUAAAGGAUGUUAGUAAUGCUUUGACCACGUCUAAAGAGCUAUUGAAAAUUAUCAACCGUGUUUGGGCUCAUGCUGAUCAGCCUUCAUCAAGCAUGUCUCUUGUCUCGGCCUUGCAUGCUGAGCUUGAGGGGGCUCGCCUGCUGGUCAACCAGCUUAUCCAAGAACAACGUUCAGAUCAACAAGAGAUCAAUUAUCUUAUGAAGUGUUUUGCUGAAGAGAAGGCAACAUGGAAAAAUAAAGAGCAACAAGCAGUUGAAGCUGCUGUUGAGACCAUUGCUGGUGAACUUGAGGUGGAGCGGAAGUUGAGGGGCCGUUUUGAGAGCUUAAACAAGAAACUUGGGAAGGAAUUAGCAGACACAAAAGCAUCUUUCAUGAAAGCAGUGAAAGAACUUGAGAGCGAGAAGAGGGCAAGAGAAAUAAUGGAACAGGUGUGUGACGAAUUAGCUAGGGAUAUUGGCAUAGAUAGAGCUGAAAUGGAAGAGCAGAAGAGGGAGUCUGUAAAAGUUCAUGAAGAGGUUGAGAAGGAAAGGGAGAUGCUUCAAUUAGCUGACAUGUUGCGUGAGGAGCGAGUUCAGAUGAAACUCUCGGAGGCUAAACAUGAGUUUGAGGAGAAAAAUGUGGCCAUUGACAAGCUGAGGAAGCAACUUGGAGCUUUCCUGGGGACCAAGAAAGGUAAAGAAAAGGGAUGCGGUUCUCAAAAAUUUGGGAAUGAUGAUGAGAUUGCAGCCUACCUGAGUAAAACUCGCUUUGGCUCUCAUCAGAAUGAAGAAAAAGAAGAUGAUGGAGAAGUGGAGGAUGUUGUAGACUGUGAAGAAGACUCGGCUGAAAGUGAUCUUCAUUCUAUAGAAUUGAACAUGGACAACAAUAAUAAGAGUUACAAAUGGGCUUACCCAUCUGCCAUUGGACGUGAUUCUAGUAGAGUUUCAAUUGGCAAUGAAAUGAAAGGGAGGAAUUCUACCCCAGAAAAAGUACACAGGAAGAGCACUUAUCUGCAAAGGAGCAUUUCAGAUGGAAUUGAAUGGGCUGCCCAAAUUGGUGGCUUUCAGAGCUUGAGAGAUGGUUUAGACCGGGAGAGAGUCCAUGAAUAUGAGAAGCAGGCUCAAAGAAAAAGCUACGGGGAUGAAAUGCAGAGAUACAAAUCCGUGAAGGGUAGCAGGGACCAUAUAUUACCUAGUUCUAGAUUAGGGUCAUCCAAAGACACCGCAAGUCCAAAGCGGCAAGGAGGGCCAUGGUCUUCACUAGAUCCUGGCAGUACAUUUCAGGGGAGACCUGCUACGGCGCAGAGCACUGGUUUGAAGUCAAGGCUGGGGGAAGCCAGAGUGGAAGGGCAGCAUGGAAGAAGAUCAAAACGGUGAAUUGUCUCGUCUUCUUGACUAACAGAUUGUCUGGAUCCACGAGAGUUGCCAAACUCACCGUUGGAUACAGAAUGUCGGGAGUAGUUUGUCAAACCUCACUGAUGGAAUUCCGUGGCUAAGAUGAGUAUCCAAAGAGAUGAAAGCAUUAAGAAAGUAGUAAGUUAACCUCUCGUUGAUAUUUUGCUUUGAAUGAGAUUACUUCUAAUGCCUCUAGUUAAAGCAGGUUGUUGCUAAAUUUACCUGGAAAGUGUUUUGAAUGGUUUAAGUGAUGUGUAAGUUGUCAAAAUUUUUGUAUGAAGUUGUGCUAAUCCUGUACAAAAACUUCUGGUGUAAUUUAUAGUUGUUACAAAUUCAAAGGGCGUUG